AAACAGAAGCCACGUGACAUCCAGCGCUGCCUGUCAGGGGGCUUUGCAGCAGCAGGACGAAUGACGGCCGAGUUAGAGGAAGUUACUGGGAGCAGCUGUGCUAGUAUGUAAUCUUAAACGCGCUGGGUCCAAUAUUGCAGCAGUGGAGAGGAAGGCAGCAUCAUUCAUGGAUACUGUGGACAUUAACCAUUUAAUACCCAGUGACCAGUUGGAUGACUCCCUGAUAACAGGUCAAAAUUUGGAAUGUGAAGCCAGUAAUGAGUUUGGGACAGGACUCGGACUGGACGAGUCACUGAAGAACAUGCUCAGUGACAAAGACCCCAUGUUUGGAUUUGCAAGCUCUCAGUUCAAUCUGCUGGACAAUGAGGAGGCCACUUUUCAGAUCGCUGGCUCAACAGGUCCUGCUGAUGGUUCAGCAUCUUCAGGCCUCAGCAGUGAACUGAAAGUUGCAGAGAUUACACAAGCCAAGCAACCUGUUGCCAGGCGGAAGAAACGUCCACGUAAUAUUGAAGACGAAUAUAGCAGUGGUCCACAACCUGCCAACACAUCCAUCAAAACCAUGAUACGAGUACGAGCUGGAAAGAAGCCAGCGAACAGGCUACAGAAGUCAUUUCUUAUUGAGAAAGGAGUUAAAGGCUCCCAACUGAAGAAAGACUUAACUCUGGGAGGGCGCGUUGAUGUCAACAAUCUUGAUGGUGGAUUAUGGCUGAGUCCUUCUGUUGUAUUGAGACGAUUGACAGUCACAAUUGCAGGAUUCAGGAUUGAACUACUUCCAGGACCCUCUUACACACAAAAUGUUGAAGCGAGCCAGUCUGCGUGCCUUGACGGAGGUUUUUCAUAUGCCGUGCUGCCAGAUAUUGCUGUCAAUGUACAGAACCCCACACCUGAGAAUGGGGCAGAGGUGGAGGUAAUUGAGAAGAGCUCUGCUGAUGAUGCAGCCCUCGGACUGGGCCCGUAUGUGAAUCCUAACGACGUGCAGACCGCCAACGGGACUUUAAUGGGGAGUACCGACACGCAAGAAACAAAUCUUGACAAUCAGAGUGUUCCUGCACAACAAAAGUCAGUCAGUGAAGGACAAUAUGACAUCAAAGAGCCACAAAACAUUGAGAAUAACAGAACCACUGUAGGUAAUAAUGAUGGUGAUAAGGAAAAACAACAGAUUGUGGCCCAAACAAUACUGUUAAAGUCCAAACAAGGACUGACCUCGACCAAGGACAAGGUUUCAGAUAAACCAAACAACAUGAUUAAGGAACAUAAACUGUCCCAAAACAUGCCAUCCAAAAUCCAAAGAGGAGACCUGCACAAAAUAAAAUCUCCAAAGGAAAAGAAAGACUUUUCACCUUUGAAAAGGCCAGCAGAAAACACCCAAAGUGAACAUGCUACUAAAAUGCAAAAGACACCGGACACAGGGGAGAGUAAAGCGAAGCCAAAAUUGCCAAGCACACCAAGCUCUGUAGUGAAGAGGAGCCCUUCAUCUGGCAACCGUGUUGAUCAGCAGGGACCAACUAAACAUACUCCUCCUCCCAAUAUCUCCAAGGUUGAGGCCGCUAGCUCGAUACACGCUCGUCCAGGCCCUUCUUUAAAAAUGCCUGAGGAAGAUCAGGAAAAGCCCAAACUGAAAAAGCCAGAAAAGAUCCUUCAAAGACAGAAAAGUAAAAUGGCAAGAAGCAUCUCUGUGGAUGAGCCGCAACUGUUUAUUCCAGACAAUGCUCCUGUUGUGAAGAAGGAAACUGCCGAGGAGCAACCUGCUAACAGCGAGUCUGUGUGGGAUGGAAACAACUGUUGUGGCCUUUGCAAAAAACACCACAAUAACAUGUUCAUGGUAGGUUGCGGUCGCUGUGACGACUGGUUCCAUGGCGACUGCGUUGGUCUUGACCUGACGAAAGUACGUGAAAUGGAGGAGGAGGAUCAGAUGUACGUGUGCUUGAAGUGCUGUGAGGAGGAAAGCCAAAAGGUGGAGCCAGAGCCCCCAGCUGCAGCCAAACCAGAAGUUCAAGCGAAGACAGAGGUACAGGAUCUCAAGCUGCCUCCCAAGCCCCAACAGGGACCCUCCCAGAAACAUGCAUCAGGGGGACCAGUAAGACAAGAUCCUGAUGGAAAGCAGUCCACAGAUGUCAGAGAAGCAGCUCAUAAAACAGGUGUUCAUCUGAAAAGUAAGACUCCAUCUUCAGCUUCAAAGAAACCGGUGUCUGUGGAGGCAAUUAGGCGAAGUGUGCGUGAUUCCCUGAGAGAAAUACUUAUACAGAGGUUGAAGGAGUCUGAUUUGAACGUGUCAGUGGAGAGGGCCUCUGACGUUGCCAAGAAGACGGAGAGAGAGCUUUUUUACUUGUAUAAAGACACGGACAACAAAUACAAGAACAAGUACAGAAGCUUGAUGUUUAACCUCAAAGAUACUAAAAAUAACGUCCUCUUUAAGAGGGUUCUCAAAGGAGAAAUUUCUCCUGGUAACCUAAUUCGAAUGAGCCCCGAGGAGCUGGCCUCGAAAGAAUUGGCUGCUUGGCGACAAAGGGAGAACAGACAUACCAUUGAGAUGAUUGAAAAAGAGCAACGAGAGGCAGAGAGACGGCCGAUCACUAAGAUCACACACAAAGGUGAAAUUGAAAUUGAGAGCCAAGAACCAGUGAAAGCACCGGAUCCUGAAGAGCAGCUUGAGCCUCCUCUAAAAGUGACAGAAGUGGAACCUCCAAAAACCCCUGAGAAUAAAGCGAGUGGUGACGUGGGGAAAGACACCACCGGCCAGCACAAGUCUCACUUAUUUGACCUGAACUGCAAAAUCUGCACAGGUCGUAUGGCGCCCCCUGUGGAGGAGGCACCAACCAAAGUGGUCAAAGUUGCAACUACAGUGGUUAGGAGGCAAUCCACCAAAGCAGACGAGAAGAAGAGCGCAGCAACGCCGGCAAUCGAGGACGAUCUGCACCUCACCGUUUUAGAGGAGAGCUUCCGAAACGCUCAGUCGGGCUACGAAGGAAGGUCGGAUCAUAAAGCUGGAAGAGAGGAAGAGGCCGCUUUCCUUACUAACCCGAACUCCCUGUGGCAAGGAUUGAUUAAUAUGCACGCGGUGGCAAAGUUUAUGACUAAAGCUUUCAUUGUCUCGGGCAUUUUGGACAACUUGACUGAGGACCUUCCAGACAGCGUUCAAGUUGGCGGAAGAAUAAGUCCACAGACUGUGUGGGACUACUUGGAGAAGAUACGGGCGACUGGAACCAAAGAGGUGUGCCUAAUUCGCUUCGCCCCUGAGACGGAUGAAGAUGAGAUAUCCUAUACUCUUCUGUACGCCUACUUCAGCAGUCGUAGGCGUUUCGGGGUGGUGUCCAAUAACCUGAAACAAGUGAAGGACAUGUAUCUCAUUCCUUUGGGGGCCACUGAAAAGGUUCCACAUCAGCUUGUUCCAUUUGAUGGGCCAGGUUUAGAAAACAACCGCACCAAUCUUCUUCUUGGACUCAUAAUUCGCCAGAGAUCGAAAAGGGAUUUUCUUCCCGUGGACAUGAAUGAAACUGCCAGUAUUAUACCUGAAAUCAAGCCCAUCGUCAUUUCCACAAAAGAAACUAGAGCAAAAGAGGAGGAGGAGAAAAAAUUCCUCUCCUCCUUGACUACUACACAUAAAAAAGAGAAAGACAAACCACUAAACACUACUGAAGAUAUUGAUAAGCCAAUUACAGAGUCUGUGGAAGAACCAGCUGCAUCAGAAGAGACCAACAGUCAGGAAGCCCAAAAACCGCUGCGUUUUCUUCCAGGUGUGUUAUUGGGCUGGGGUGGGGAAUUGCCCCCUUUGCCAGAUUUUGGAGUUAAACAUGCAACAGCAGCAGAUGACACCCAGAAGUCCCAACCAGCUCCAAAAACAGAGGCAUCAACUGAAACCUCUAAAAGUCCAGCAGCAGCUGUACCUCGAGAGCGCUUUGUCAUCAAGAAGAAAGAAGCUAAACCUGUUAAAGCUGAACCGGAAGUAUCCAGUUCGACUGAUACAUCUGCUGCGAACAUUUCAUCAAGAAAGGAUGCUGCAGUGGUGACCCAUGUUGCACCAGUCUCUCUGAAAGAUAAGCCUCCAGAUGUAUCGACUGAAGUGUUCCUGGGAAGAUUGUCAGCAGCUCAAAUUGGGACUGAAACUAGCAGCAAUGCUUCUGCAAAAAAAGGCAAUACUGGCCUUUUGUCUGAAACUGAAAAAGCACCGUCUGAAGGGAAUUCUCUGUUGCAGUCAAAAUCCCCGGUAGCUCCAGUUCCAACUAAUAGCUCAAAACCUCCUUUGAGUGGAAUAUUGAAAAAGUCUUCAGCAUAUUCCAGUGUGAAUGUAGAUAAAACAGAACUACAAAAGGAUAAAGCCAGCCACCUCGCUCCUUCGAGUCCCAAACCUGUUCCCGUGUUGAGCAGCACUAGAAAUGAUCAAGUCACACUCUUUCACCAAGGAUAUUUACAGGUUUCUCAGGCCAAGAACAAACCUGAGAAAGAAAAGCAAACAACUAUUCAAUCAUUCACGAGUGAAAAGGAGGAUCCUGGCAUGUCGCAGGCUGUUGCUACAGCAACUCAGGCAGUGUGUCCUCCAGUUCAAGGACCACAAGCAGCAAGUUACAUAGAAGCAUCUAUACUCCAACACGACUCAGUGAUGACACCAACGCUCCCAGCAUACAAAGGUGCUCCGCUAAUUCCGUUGCAACAGCCUCAGGUGCCCGCUAGCUGCGAAUACCCAACUGGCCCUCCUCAUACCUUCUCCAGCCCGCCCACUGGCCCUCCCACUGGCCCUCCCACUGGCCCUCCUCAUACCUUCUCCAGCCCGCCCACUGGCCCUCUUCAUACCUUCUCCAGCCCGCCCACUGGCCCUCCCACUGGCCCUCCUCAUACCCUCUCCAGCUCGCCCACUGGCCCUCCUCAUACCCUCUCCAGCCCGCCCACUGGCCCUCCCACUGGCCCUCCUCAUACCCUCUCCAGCCCGCCCACUGGCCCUCUUCAUAGCUUCUCCAGCCCGCCCACUGGCCCUCCUCAUACCUUCUCCAGCCUGCCCACUGGCCCUCCUCAUACCUUCUCCAGCCUGCCCACUGGCCCUCCUCAUACCUUCUCCAGCCCGCCCACCCAGGAUCAGAACCACAGUGCACCGUGGGCUCAGGACAGCACCUCACACAUUCUUCCUGGACUUCAAUCGCAGUACGCCGAGAGCUUCCCUGAACCAGCUGGCCAGCCCACUUCGCCGGCCAAAGAUUACAAGCGUCUCGAGGAGCGAUACAGUGACCCGUGGGAGAGGCCACGGUCUACGGAGGACAGAGACCACCACGGGAGGCACGGCCAUCACAGGGACACUCAACAAGGGAAAAAGAGCAGACACCACGACCGGGACCGGGAGAAAAAGCAUGAACGCAGCCAUGACAGGAGUCGGCACCAUGGACACUCAGACGACCGCUAUGGUGAGAAGAGAAAAGAGAGGCACCACAGCGACGAUCACAGCAGCCGUCAUAAGGACAGGCACAGGCACAGACGGGACUCUGAUUAUGAGAAUGGACGGAGAAGUUCAAAAGACAGUUAAUUGUACUUGCUUUUAUUUUUUUUAAGUCCUGCUAGCAAGCAUCGGGGACUCUAGGAACUACUUUUAGCUUGUUGGUCACUUGGCUGGUAGUGGAGUGAUUUGUUACUUUAUACAGCAAUCUGCAGCUGAUAUGGCAUUUCCUCCACAGAAGUUCCAUUUUAUGUGGUGCAGCCAAAAGUGAAAUAUCAUUUCACUGGUUGCGAUGAUCUUUAUAGAUACGUUCUCUUCAAACCAAGAAGAACAGAAUUUUGGAACAACUUUAAAAUUGUAAUUUUUUUAUUGUAAAUAUCUUGUUCAUAUUGAGUACAUAUGAUCAGUACAUGCAACACCAGUUUGCACCAUUGGUGAAAAGUUUCAAUUGGCAUGAAGAAAACACAGAAAACAUUUAACUGAGGACCGUGAUCUGAAUAGCGACUGCUUUUUUCCUCCUAAUUUCUUUUUUUAAAUUGCUAAAAUAUUUUACAAACUUUUUUUUUUUAAAGUAUAUACAUUUUGGCUUGUAAUAUACAUUAGAGAUGAAGUGUGCCCUUUGCACUGUUUAUGUACAGUUCGUAAUAAAACUUAUCCUUUUUUAUUAUU